GAGAGAGAGAAUUGUGAGAUCAGCAGUAAUAAUUCAGCAAUAACAAUUCAGACUGUGACAGGUUUUAAAGUGUAGCGAAAGAGGCGCUCCCAUAAUUAUAAACCCUCAAUAAGUAAUCACAUGUUUAUCAUUUCUACUCCAAAUAUUAUCAUGGAUAUUUCUCAGAAGUAUAUUGCUAAAUAUAUAGGGUACAACCACCGUCUGGUCAGGAGAAUAAGAGAUUAAUCACUGUUAUGUAAAUAUUGCUCGGGCUAGUGAGAGGAGGAGGAGAGAGAGAGAGAGAGAGGCAGAGAGAGAGAGAAGUGGCCAGGUGCUGGAGAGGUAAAGAGAAAUAGUGAGAAGUGGCCAGAGUAGUAGAUAAAGAGCGAGUGCAACAGUGAUAAUGCUACAAACAGAGAGAUAGAAAGAAGUCGAGAGACAGAUGUGGUAGAUCAAUAGAUGUUGAGAGAGAGAGGUGAAGGGAUUAUCUAGCACAGUAAAUGUAUGAAUAACAGUAAAUGUGAGAAAAGUGAGAUUUCAAAGAUUUCAAUCUCACUUCACAACGCAAUAAUUUGACAUUGAAGGGAUACUCCUGGAAUUUGAAGAUGAAAACCUUAAAAAUCUGACUCGGGAACAGGAAGUAAAAGACCUAAUUCCCAAAACAUCCCUUUAUAAACAUGUUUCAUUAGAAUUCAAGUCACAAACCAGAGUAAUGAAGUGUCUUUCUUGAGGGCACAACUUAUUAUCGACUUAAGGGCUUGAACCAGCAACCUUUAGGCUAUUGGCCCAAAUGUCUUACGACUUGAUCAUGGGCUCAAAUGCUUGAAGAGCAUUCUGUACAGGAACAAAGUGAAGGACAGAGUUAGAGCAAGAGAACAUGCAGAGUAAAAAAGCAAAGAAAUAAGACAGUCCUCUAGAUUAUUCAGCAAUUAAACACUUGAGUUUAUGUGUUAUGACACUUUUGUCGUGGCUUUGAUGUUUGACAGACGUAGCCAUGAUAGAAAUGUCAUAAUACAUGGACUCAGGUCUACUAUUGCUUUUUACGUGUGGUUUUUAACAGCUUUUAAAAGCUGGAAUCAUUCCCAAACCAUCCAUUUUUAAAGCAACACUGGCGGGCAUGUGCACAUUUAAGAGUUUGUCUGGUCGUUUGUUGUAAUUCGUAUUGACUGCCAUGAAAAGCAGAAAAACACAGUUUUGGUUUCUAGGGACUGUUCAUGGAUCUGAAAACAGUGUCUAAAACAUACCUACGGUCUAUGCAUAAGCACAUUGAAUGUGAGAGCAAUUACUAGUUUCUCAAAACGAGCAGCUGGACCAUUUGUAGAUUAAUUGGGAAUUAUUGUAACAAUAACAUUUGACAGUUUUAAUUAUUUCUAUCCCCCACUAGACAAUGCUAUGUAAAAACGUCCCCUUUGCAAGUAUUUUUAGCUGUUUUAGUUUCACACUUCAAAUUUCAAACCGAAGAAACAGACAGCAACACUCUUUGCAAUGAGUAUUUUGCAUGUUCUGCAUUGUGUUUUAGCUCUCAUUUACAUAUAUUUCAAAUAUCCGUAACCAAAAGGCUUGUACAUAAUUUCACAGAUUUCAGAAAAGCUGUCUCAUUCUGACAUGUUUGUAUGGGCCAGGAGGUUGUUAUUUAUAACAUGAGCAUUGAUUUGAGCGUUGACAAGGCACACAGCUACAAUUUUGCCAAAGGCAAUGCUAAAAGGAUGGGGAAACAUUAGUAGAUAUUACAUUCAUAAAUUGCCUUGCUAGUUUAUACAAAUGGCAAUUCUAAUGGCAAAUGGCAAAUUAAAGGUAGCAUGAGUAAGGUAGCAUGUGCAUCUGAAAUGUAGGGAUAGCAGCAAUGAAGUCCACAAGGUAGACACAUACCUGUAAGAACUGAGAACUUCCAUUAUCAGACUUUGCAAGGCAGUGUCAGAGUCCAGUAGUACAAAGAGAGUAGUGCGACAAGGUCCCUGAGAAGUGGGGGGGGUAUGGUCAGUGCUGGGUCACAGGGUUCAACAGUGGUACAGUGGAUGGAAAGAAACUGUUCCUGAGCCUGCUGGUGCGAGAACAAAGAGACCUGUACUACUUGACUUGGAAGACAGAUGGGCCUUCUUCAGCCUCCUCAAAAAGUACAGGCACUGCUGCACGUUUUUGACCAGAGCUCAGGAGUUGAGGGUCCAGGAGAGGUCCUCGGAGAUGUGGACACCCAGGAAUUUGAAGCUGGACACCCACCUCAGCGCCAUCCCUCUUCACCCACCUCAGGGCCAUGCAUGAGAACUGAGAGUCCCAGCCUGCGGUCCACAUGAGCGUAUCAAAGCCCCCUCCGCCCCACUCCCACUUUGCCCCCCCGCCCGACUCUUCCACCUCCCACCUCUCCAUCCCUCCCUCCUCCUCCACCCCGACCUCCCCGGCUUUGUCUCGGGCCGCCUCAUCGUCUCCGAGACCCGUCCCGCCGCCCUCCCCCGUCAAGAUCUCCAUGCAGGAGCACUUUGCCAUCAACGUGUGUCCGGGGCCCAUCAUGCCCAUCCCGCAGAUCUCCGACUUCUUCCCACGGUUCCACGACUUCCCGAUGACACCACCCCCGCCCCGGGAGAAGAAGAUCCUGAAAGAGCCGGAUUUUGGAUUGAACAAUGGAAGCGAGAACUAUGGCGAGAACAAAGAGAAGGAGAGGAAACUGGUCGAGGUGGACAGGGAGGACAAGGACGAAGGGGUGGAUUCGGAUGACGAUGAUGAGACUUACCUGGGCACGCUGGAGUUUACCCUGCUCUUCGAUCACGAAAACAAUUGCCUACAUUGCACCAUCCACAAGGCCAAGGGUCUGAAGGCCAUGGAUUCCAAUGGGCUGGCCGAUCCAUAUGUGAAGCUUCACCUUUUGCCCGGGGCAAGCAAGGCAAACAAGCUCCGCACCAAAACACUGAAGAACACUCUGAACCCGGUGUGGAGCGAGACUCUGAUGUACCACGGCAUCACAGCCGCCGACAUGACCACCAAAACCCUCAGGCUGUGUGUGUGCGACAUGGACAGACUCGGUCGCAACGAGUUCAUCGGAGAGGUCCGAGUCGCCUUGAAGAAACUGAGCGAGGGCGAGAGCAAGAAAUUCAAAAUGGGUCUGGAGAGGAUCGCACAGAACAAAGACAUCAACAAAGAAACCAUGGAGCAGGGAGCCCCAGUGGCUGAAGAAGAGCGAGGUCGCAUCCUGGUCUCGCUCUGCUACAGUCCGGAGAAGAGCUGUCUGCUUGUUGGCAUCAUCCGGUGCGCCCACCUCGCCGCCAUGGACUCCAACGGAUAUUCGGAUCCUUUCGUGAAAAUUGUGCUGCAGCCUGAUAUGGGGAAAAAGUCCAAGUACAAAACCACAGUGAAAAAGAAAACUCUCAAUCCUGAGUUUAACGAGGAGUUCACGUACGAAGUUCCGCACGAACAGCUGGCGAAGAAGACACUGGAGAUCUCCGUUUGGGACUACGACCUGGGGAUGAGCAAUGACUUCAUUGGUGGAAUUGAACUGGGCAUAAAUGCCAAGGGAGUGAGACUGAAACAUUGGUUUGAGUGUCUCAAACACAUUGGCAAGAAAGUGGAGUACUGGCACACUCUGACACAGCAAGGAGCCCCUCCUGAUGCACCGUCACAGUGACUGACCCAGUGACUGACACAAUGACUGACCCAGUGACUGACACAAUGACUGACCCAGUGACUGACACAAUGACUGA